AGCAGCGAAUUCGUUCGGUUCGGUUGGCUAGAAGGCGCGCGCUUUGUUUUAUUAUCCACAAUCCACAUUAUCAGCGGCAUUAUCGUUAGUGGCACUGUCUUCUGCCCACGCGCCUAUUCGUGAAUGCACUCGCAGUGGCCGCGCGAAUAUCCGCCAGUGCGACUCCACCAUCCAUCUGAAUCUGAAUCUAAAUCUGAAUCACAAUUUGAGUUUGAAUUUGAAUUUGAAUUUCGAGCGGCAUUCGUGAGUUUGUUUGGGAACCGCGCGCUUGUCGCUGUCGUCGGUCGUUCGGUCAGCAGAAGCAACAGCAACAGCUACAGCUACAGCAACAAUAAAAAUAAAAAUAAACAUAAAAAUAAUAAUAAUAAUAAUUGCAAUAACAAUAAGCAUAACAGUAAUCGUAACGCUAACGAGCCCUCGAUAGUGCCCCAGAAAUCCAAACAAGUGGAAGUGCCCCUGCGACUCGAAUGAGUGAAGAGAAGCGCAAGAGCAAGAGCAAGUGCAAUUGGAAUCGAAACUAAAUACGAAACACUUGUGAACAAAUAUCUAAAUUUAAUUUAAUUUAAUCUAAUCUAAUUAAAUACUCGCAUUGCGGUACUAUGCCAGCGGAAAGUGCAAUAUUUAAAAUAGGAUAAUUCCGUGAAGUGCUACCGAAGAGUCAGCUCCAUCCGAACCGAAUCAAGCCCAAAUCUAGAUCUGAAAAAAUUUAAUAGAAUCCCCCUCGAUAGCGAGCCCGAUCCCGAUUCCGAUCCAGAUCCCGAUCGCACCGCAAGGAUCAGCUACUUCAAGGAGCUGCCAGCAGCAGCAGCCCAACCGCCAAGAUUCUCACCGCCAGCAGCAACAUGAACUCGUACUUUGAGCAGGCCUCCGGCUUCUACGGCCAUCCGCACCAGGCCACGGGCAUGGCCAUGGGCAGCGGCGGCCACCACGACCAGACGGCCAGCGCCGCAGCGGCUGCCUACCGGGGCUUUCCCCUCUCGCUGGGCAUGUCGCCGUACGCCAACCACCAUCUGCAGCGCACCACCCAGGACUCGCCCUACGACGCCAGCAUCACGGCCGCCUGCAACAAGAUCUACGGCGACGGGGCCAGCGCCUACAAGCAGGACUGCCUCAACAUCAAGGCGGACGCCGUCAACGGCUACAAGGACAUCUGGAACACGGGCGGCUCCAACGGCGGCGGCACAGGAGGCGGAGGGGGCGGAGGUGGAGCCGGUGGCAAUGCGUCCAACGGAUCGAACGCGGCCAACGCCGCCAACGGACAGAACAACGCCGCGGGCGGCAUGCCCGUGCGCCCAUCCGCCUGCACCCCCGACUCGCGCGUCGGUGGCUACUUGGACACAUCGGGCGGCAGCCCCGUCAGCCAUCGCGGUGGCAGCGCCGGGGGCAACGUGAGCGCCGGCGGAGGGGGCCAGAGCGGUCAAAGCGGCGCCCCAGGCGUGGGCGUCGGUGUGGGCGUCGGGAGCGUGGGAGCAGGCACCGCCUGGAACGCCAACUGCACCAUCUCGGGCGCCGCAGCGGCACAGACAGCGGCCGCCAGCAGCUUACACCAGGCGAGCAAUCACACAUUCUACCCCUGGAUGGCUAUCGCAGGUGAGUGCCCUGAAGAUCCGACCAAAAGUAAGAUAAGAUCUGAUUUAACACAAUACGGCGGCAUAUCAACAGACAUGGGUAAGAGAUACUCAGAAUCUCUUGCGGGCUCUCUUCUACCAGACUGGCUAGGUACAAAUGGUCUGCGAAGACGCGGCCGACAGACAUACACCCGCUACCAGACGCUUGAGCUGGAGAAGGAGUUCCACACGAAUCACUAUCUGACCCGCAGACGGAGAAUCGAGAUGGCGCACGCCCUCUGCCUGACGGAGCGACAGAUCAAGAUCUGGUUCCAGAACAGGCGGAUGAAGUUGAAAAAGGAAAUACAGGCGAUCAAGGAGCUGAACGAGCAGGAGAAGCAGGCGCAGGCGCAAAAGGCUGCGGCGGCAGCAGCCGCGGCGGCGGCCGUCCAGGGCGGGCACUUAGACCAGAAUUAGGCGGAAUUACAAAAUACAAAUACAAAGCAACUCUAUAUUGUAACAAAAGAACUAUUUACUUAAAUGAAUAAUAUUUAAAUAUUUCGAUGGUAAUGUGCGAAUACGAAACUAAACUAAAGGAAAUAUUUCAAGCGUUUGAGCAGCAACCGAAAAUACGUAAAACAAAACUACAAACUAAUUAAAUAGAGUAAGUAAAUAAAAGUAGUGGAAGAGCGCAACGCAGGCGGAUUACAAACCUACUUAGAAGUAAAAAUAAAAAAUAAAAACUAAAAACUAAAAAUUAAAUUAAACGAGAACGAACACAAAUUUAAUUUAGUUUCAAACAAACAAGAUUCGCGGACAUUGGACAUUGAUUCGCGGCGUAAGAUUAUGUUUAUGACAAAUACGUCGAAGAUCUUUCCAAAUUCAAGACCCCUGCCCCGCCCACCCCUUUGUUGCUUACUGGUAUGUUUAAAUUAUGUUUCGCAAAAAUACUCAAAACAAACAACAAAAAAAAAAAACAAAAAUCUAUAAAAUUACGAAUAAAAAUGUUGAAAGAAAGCAAAGUUCUGUUGAUAUGAAUUUUUUGGUAACAACAAGUUUUAAACCAAUUUAAAGAUAUGUAACAAAAGGAAACGAAAACAAAAACAAAAAUGAAUGGAAAGAAAAGAAAGGAAAAGAAACCUAUUAAAAUGUAACUUAAAUAUAAAUAGAAUUUGUUAGCAAAGUAAAAUAUUACGAGAGGGGAAACCGAAGAGCGAAGAGGAGCGUAUUGGAGGAUACGGAUACUCGUACAAUAUUUGAAUGUGUAUAGUUUGUGCUUAUGGAAUAAAAUUAAUGCAAUUUUAGUUAACUCUGUUUAUUUUUAAACGAAUUUGUUUAGUUCUCGCUUAGACGACUAAACUGAAGCUGUUUCUUUAAGUAAUGUGUAGUGUUUUUAACUCUUAAAUUAAAUUAAUUCCUAAUUUUAUUAUUAUGUUUAGUUUAAUGACAAAGCGUUUAUGAGAUUAUCCGACAGUAGCCCCGAGAAGGAGAACGACAAAUCGUUUGCCCUGGCAAACGCAAAUAAAUUAUUGGUUUUGAAAAAAUCUAAAAAACAAAGAGAAAACGAAUUCGAAUUCGAUUAUUGUGUUAUUAUUAUUAUUAUUGUUUUAGUUUUGCCCUUUUGUUUUUCUCGAUUUGUUUCUCUCGUCUCUGCAUAGAGCAUAAAACCAGAGACCAGGGUGUUUGAAAAAUAUGAGUUCGCGGGCUCGUUUUGUUUUCCCGCUCGUAUGCGAAAUUGCUUUUGAUCUCGUUGCGUUAAUUGAUCGUAAGUUGUAUGCUAUAGAGAGAUACGAUACCCAUACCCACACCCAUACCGAUAAGGAUAACGAUACCGAGAUUCUUACCAAUAUAUAGUUUAGUGGAUCCAACGAGCUGUGCUCGAACCAAGCCACAAGAUACAUCUCCCACGGCGUGUAUCGAGUCUUCGUCUUUCAGUUCAGUUUGGGUAACUUAUCCCCAACUUAUCCCCCUUAUUGCGGGUUAUCUCCGAAAGAAAACCUACACAAGAUGUAUACGUAAUUAGAGCCUAAGAUUCGAAAAUAGAUAUACACAUAUGCAGAUCUUGAUAUAUACACAUAUACAUAUAUAUAUUUAUGUAUUUACGUGGAAAUCGAGUAUAAAUGGACAAACAAUAAGAGAGAAAAUAUCUGCGAAACGGAAACAGAUGCAAAUACGUAACUAUGAAUUAAGUUAAAUGUUAUAGAUUUUAAAUGCAAAGGCGGCGGCAGCGGCAGCGGCAGAGGCAAACGCCAACGCCAACGCAGAUGCAACCGAAAUACGUUGAUGUAUACAUACACUGAAAAAAAAACAAAACAAAACAAAACAAAAAAAAAAAAGAUGAGCAGCGUGGAUCGAGAGGGUAUUCCAUUCCCCGCCACCGCAAACCCAAGAAUAGACGCUAAAAUACAAUAUUUACAGAUUUAAAUGUGGAUUAUCGUAGCAACAGAUAUACGUAAAUAGUAACAGUAACUAAAAGGAGACUCGCAGAUGUCUUGAAUAUACAUACAUACAUACCUACAUAUGUACGUAAUCGUAUGUAGUACUACCCAUACCCCCCUUACCAACUACCUAAGAAUGUAAUAAUACCACGUACUAGACGUACGUACGUAAUUUCUAGUGGCUUUUACUUUAAUCUCCGACCCGCAGACAGACGGAGGCCGAAAAGUUAGUUGAGACACUUUGUCUCCUUAAUAUGUAUUUCCAUCAGACCUACCUACAACUUCUUUGCAGUUACAUUUUCUACUUGAACUCUUCCCCCUCAUGCGGGGGGUCCUUGAUCUCCGAUCGCUCGGACCCCGCCAACUCCGUUUAUACUUAACCUACUCGUAUGUAACUCUAAUUUAAAGCCAUUCUAUGCUAGCUCUGUAAGUUGUAAAUUAUCAAUAUAAACUAUACGUAUAAAAGAACAAACACAAAACAAAACAGCAACCAGUGAGAAUGUGGAAAUGAACAAAUAAAUUAAACAAAACGAUUUAAA